GAGGACACCAAGGAUGAGGACAACGAGGUAGAUCAGGAAAAGCGAGUGGAAUAUGCAGUGUUGGAUGAUUUAGAAGAUUUUACAGACAAUUUGAUGGAAAUAGAUGAAGCAGCAGGGUUUACACCUAAGGCCAUCGUUCAGCAAGACAAAGUGGACGAAGAAACCUUGAACUAUUCUUACGAGGAUGAAUUUGAUAAUGACGUGGACGCUCUCCUGGAAGAGGGCCUUUGCGUUCCCAAAAAAAGGAGGAUGGAUGAGAAAUACAGAGGGGAAAGCGACCAUCAGUCGGACGGAGAAACGACUGUGCAGCCCAUGAUGACCAAAAUCAAAACUGUUCUUAAAAGUCGUGGUCGCCCUCCUACAGAACCGUUGCCUGAUGGAUGGAUCAUGACAUUCCACAACUCGGGCAUCCCAGUGUACCUGCACAGAGAAUCUCGGGUGGUCACCUGGUCCAGACCUUAUUUCUUGGGAACAGGAAGCAUCCGGAAACACGACCCUCCUGUGAGUAGCAUUCCUUGUUUGCAUUACAAAAAAAUGAAAGAGAACGAGGAGAGGGAACAAAGCAACGACAUCACCCCCAACGGGGAGGUUUCGCCCGUAAAGCUGACGGAGAAAUCCCUGGAACUGGAUUGUCAGACGGAGGAGCCGGACUCUACGGCAGCCGAUUCUGGAACGCCAGAGGAGAAAGAUCUGUCCGGGGGUGACACAGCCCAAGGAGCUUUGGGACAAGUGAAGGCCAAAGUUGAAGUGUGCAAAGAUGAAUCCAUAG